AUGGGCCAAAACCUCUCCCUCUCCGAACCCUUCGCCGACACCUCGGGCGUCGUCCUCUCCCCCCAAGACCGCCACGCCGACAUCAUCGUCGGCGUAACCUGGGCCUGCUCCGUCUACGGCAUGGGCAUCAUCUUCUGCGCCGUCAAGCUUUUGGAGCGCUGGGCCGGCGAGCACGGCGAACGGGGAGUCAGUUUCGCGGGCGUGGUGGGCGCCUUUUUGUGUGGGAGUGCGUGGCCUCUGGUGUUGGUUUAUUUGAUGGUUACGGAGAAGGAGAAGGAGACGAGGAGAGUUCAGGGGUAUGGAGUGGGUGUUCCGGUGAAGGUCUAG